AUGAGUCUUCCAUACAAGUUCAUGAAUUCGUUCUUGGUCAAUCUCAUGCUGUACUUCAUGUCGAACCUGCGACGAGAGCCGGGCCCGUUUUUCUUCUUCCUGUUGAUUUCCAUGUCGAUGAUGCUUGCCAUGUCAAUGUUCUUCCGCUGGUUUGCAUCCUUGACCAAGAAAAUCGACCAGGCCCUUGCUCCUUCAGCUAUCAUUCUGCUGGCCCUUGUUCUAUAUACUGGCUUUGCCAUUCCUGUCUCGUACAUGCGCGGCUGGGCUUCAUGGAUUCGAUGGCUCAACCCCGUGUCCUAUGGCUUUGAAGCUGUCAUGGUCAACGAGUUCCACGGACGGGAAUUCCCGUGUUCAUCCUUUGUACCAGCCGGACCAGGCUACGAGGCUGUAUCCAGCACGCAACGAGUAUGCUCGACUGUCGGAGCGGUUCCUGGCUCGGACGUGGUUUCCGGCGACGCGUUUGUCCGCUCCUCGUACGGCUACAUCAACAGCCACCGCUGGCGGAACUUUGGGAUCAUCAUCGCGAUGACCGUCUUCCUUGCGAUGUGCCAUUUUGUGACGACCGAGCUUGUUGCUUCAAAACGAUCAAAAGGCGAGGUGCUUGUAUUCCGACGUGGUAGCGCUCAUAUCGCACGUGCAAAGCAAGCGCAGUGUGAUGAGGAACGACCCACUGCCUCUGCUGUGCAGAAUGAAAAGUACAGUGAGGCCCCGACCCCUGUUGCUGGUGUUGAGGAGCAGACAUCUAUUUUUCACUGGGAAGAUGUGUGCUACGAUGUGAAGAUCAAAAGCGAGACUAGGCGGAUCCUCGAUCACGUCGAUGGAUGGAUCAAACCUGGUACGCUGACUGCUCUGAUGGGCGUCUCUGGGGCUGGCAAGACUACCUUACUUGAUGUACUGGCCAGCCGAACGACCGUCGGAGUCGUCAUCCAACUCAUCUUCCAAAUCAUCCCAUCAUUCGUCACACAACGAACUCUAUACGAGUCCCGCGAGCGCCAGUCCAAGGCCUACUCCUGGCAAGCGUUCGUUCUCUCCAAUAUUGUCGUGGAGUUCGCAUGGAACACGCGUGGUUCUACCCCGUCGGCCUCUACCGCAACGCAGAAUACACCGACACGGUCCAUUCCCGGAGCACCCUCGCCUUCCUCAUCCUCUGGGCCACAUUCCUCUUUGCCAGCUCUUUUGCACACCUCCGCGCUCGCAAACAUCAUGGGCAUCAUGAUGUACGCCUUCUGCGGGAUCCUCGCCGGCCCGCAUGCUCUCCCCCGUUUCUGGAUCUUCAUGUAUCGCGUCAACCCGUUCACGUACCUGGUUUCGGGCCUGUUGUCGAAGAGUCUGGGUGAUGCGCCGAUGCAUUGCGCCGACAAUGAGUUCCUGGCCUUCUCUCCUCCUGCGAACCGGACUUGUGGCGAGUACAUGGAGAGGUACAUUGCGGCGGCUGGGGGGUACUUGCUGGAUUCAGGGGCGCAGGGCGAUGACCAAUGCCGCAUCGACUUUGGGACUCGGUGGAGGGAUUUUGGGCUUCUUUGGGUCUAUGUUGCCUUUAACACCUUCGGGGCAGUGUUUCUCUACUGGCUUUGUCGGGUCCCGAAGGGGAAGAAGAGACUGUGA